AUUUUAGUUCGGAACUAUACAAAAUAGCAACAGAAUCCAAAAUUGGGUGUUUUCACCUGUUAGAUUAUUUCAUAUAUUCUUUGAAAUCAACAAUGUUACUUUGAAAAUUAAUAUGUUGUUCAAUAUAUUUAAUAUUGUGUUCAUAAAUGUUCUUUGUAUUGUAACGGCAUUUCCAGAUCAAGCUAAAUGGUCAUUUACAGUUAACAAUGAAGGAAAUUGCCAUUUUUUCAGUGCUCAUAGUGCAUUAUUCGCUAACUCUACCAUACACAUGCAGAUUUCUUGUGAUAUGCCAAUUUCAUCCAGAGAUCAAAAUAAAAUCAACGUAGGUUUAGUUGUAAGGUCAUCACCAUGCUUUGAAGAAUAUUUCGGAUCUGAAUACUGGAUGAUGGCUGAUUAUUUUAGCUGGUAUUAUCAUUGUCCUGCAGCUUUGUUUGGUGAUUUUGGAUAUAAAAAUAUUAGCUAUCUGAAAACUGAUGAGCUAAAAUUCUCAUGCAAUCAUUUGGUUAAUCUGAAACCGUUAAUACGCGGCGAGUUUGUAACAGAAUCGAUCGAUUCAUCCAAUAGUCGACUGUGUCAAACAGAUGAUACAUUAUGUGAUAGUUCCUCGACAAUAAGACACAUUUCUGAAUCGUCCAACACUCACCAAAUUAAAAAUGGCCAUUCAAUAUCUGUUCCACAUGACGGAAAUUAUUUAUUAAUACUUUUUAUCCGUUUUGAAAAUUCUAACGAACAUCGUUUUAAUCUCACUGUUGAUAUAAAUUUUGAAUCAAAUUCUGGUCAAUAUCUGUCCGCGGUCGAUUAUCCAUUGUUGAAAUUUUAUGGCUUUAUGUCUUGCUUAUAUUUCGUAUUUGCACUUACAUGGUUUAUCGUUUCCAUGAUUCGAUGGCAAGAAUUGCUAAAGAUUCAAUUUUUUAUUGCAGCAAUUAUAUUUUUAGGGAUGGUUGAGAAAGCAAUCUUCUUUGGCGUUUAUCAAUCAUUGAAUAUCAAUGGAAUUUUGAAUCGUAACACAUUCUAUCUAGCGGAAUUAUUCUCUUGUCUGAAACGGACAUUGGCUCGUGUUCUUCUCAUUAUUGUUUCCAGUGGUUUCGAAAUUAUUCGGCCACAUCUUGGUUCAAAUCGAAAUAAAAUCAUUACAAUCGGUAUAUUCUAUUUUAUUUUAGGAACUUUUGAUUCAACCAUAAGAAUCUUCAAGCCUAAAAAUGAUCUUACAAACGGGAAUCUAUUUGCCGAAAUGCCUUUGGCAUUAUUAGACAGUAUUAUCAGCUGGUGGAUUUUUAGCAAUCUUGUACAAACAACAAAAAUUCUUCGUUUGAGACGCAACUGUGUUAAGCUUGAAUUAUUCAAUCAGCUUACAAAUGUUCUAGUCUUUUCUGUGCUGGCAUCAAUCUCAUUUAUGAUUUGGCAAAUUCAUAAUCACAAACUCACUUCAUGUUUAACAACAUGGAAAUAUUUAUGGAUUGAUGAAGCUUAUUGGCAUAUCCUUUUCUCAAUAAUUUUGGUAGCGAUUAUGGUGUUAUGGAGGCCUACUAAUAACAAUCAACGCUAUGCAUUUACUGCUCUUUUAAUGGAUGGAAGUCAAGAUGAAUUAAUCGGUCAAUCGAACAAUAUUGAAAAUACAAAUGGAGAAAUGAAAAUGAGAUUUCAAAAAUCUAGCAGUCAAAAUGAUAAUGAAUCAAGUAAUAAUGUUAUAAGCCAAGAAACGGCUGAUCAUCUAAAAUGGAUUGAAAAUAAUAUCAAAACCACAACAUUGAUUGAUUCGACUAUGCCAUCUCUUAUGGACUCGGAUGAAGUACUUGAACUAAUUGACACCAAGUUUGAAAUGAGCAAGAUUCAAUGAAACAGGAUUGAUAGUAUAAAAUCUUUAUGAAUGAUAUUAUUUUUAAUUUUUAUUUUUAUGGUUCAUUAUCAUAUAAUCAUCAUAAAUAAAUAUCGUUACUCAUUGAUUUUUUGUCUCAU